AUGGCUUAUUCAAGAUUUGUUUUCUUCGCUUUCCUCACUCUUUCCGUUUUACUUGCAGGUGUUAACUCCGCAGAAAUGGUGAGUGAAGAUUCAAUUUGGUCAUCCAACAAAGGAGGUUCAUUGUGUUGCAACGAUCAUCCAAAGUUUGGAGUAUGUAAUGACAGUGACAAAUGCAACACUUGGUGUCUUAAAGGCUGUGAUAACGGGAAAGGUGGCUACUGCAAGAAAAAAUUCUGUCAUUGCUUCUGCUAA